GUGCGGGCGGGCGGCGCCGCGUUGCGGGCAUGGGGCCGAGCCCCGGCGCGGAGGGGCGGCCGCGCGGCACCUGCGCUGCCCCCGCCCGGCCCGGCCGCCGGGCGCGCUGACCGGCCGCGCCAUGCCCCCCUGGCCGUCCCGGCGCCUGGUGCUCGCCGCGCUGCUGCUGGGCCUGCUCUGGACCCUGCUGGGCCCCUACGGGCUCGGCGAGGAGCUGCUGAGCCUCACGCUGCCCUCGCUGCUGCCCGCGCCCGCCUCGCCGGGGCCCCCGCUGGCCCUGCCGCGCUUCCCCAUCGCCAACGAAGGGGCCUGCGGGGGCCCCGGCGCCCCGCCCUUCCUGCUCAUCCUCGUGUGCUCCGCGCUGCACAACCUGAACCAAAGGAACGCCAUCCGGGCCUCGUGGGGCGGGCUGCGCCAGGCCCGGGGGCUCGGCGUGCGGACCCUCUUCCUGCUGGGCCAGCCGGGCCCGGGGCAUCCCCCCGGGGCGUCCCAGGAGGAGCUGCAGCAGGAGGCGGCGGCCCGGGGGGACAUCCUGCAGGCCGCCUUCGUGGACACCUACCGCAACCUCACGCUCAAGACCCUCAGUGGCCUCACCUGGGCCGACAGACACUGCCCCGCCGCCCGCUACAUCCUCAAGACCGACGACGACGUGUUCGUGAACGUCCCCGAGCUGGUAUCCGAACUGGCCCGGCGGGGCGGCCGCGGGGAGCACCGGGAGACGGGCCCGGAGCCCCUGGCAGAGGAACGGGGGCGCGGGGAACAGCCCACGGCGGGGGCUCCGCCGGUGCCGCUCCUGUACCUGGGCCGCGUGCACUGGCGUGUGUACCCCUCCAGGGCGGCGGGGAGCAAGCACCUGGUCGCCGAGGAGCAGUGGCCGCCCACCCGCGGCGCCUUCCCGCCGUACGCCUCGGGCACGGGGUACGUCCUGUCGGCGUCUGCCCUGCAGCUGGUCCUGACCAUGGCCAGCCAGGUCCCUGCCCUGCCACUGGAGGAUGUCUUCAUCGGGGUGAGCGCCAGCCGAGGCGGCCUCACCCCCACCCACUGUGUCAGGCUGGCAGGAGCCACCCACUACCCCCUGGACCGAUGCUGCUAUGGGAAGAUCCUGCUGACCUCGCACAAGUUAGACCCCUGGACCAUGCGGGAGGCCUGGCAGCUGGUGAGUGGCUAUGAGGAGGAAAGGACGGCCCCCUUCUGCUCCUGGUUCCAGCGGACCCUGGGCAUCGCCCGGUGCCGGCUCAAGGCCUGGUUUCACAGCUGAGAGCCUGGGCCCACGGGAUCUCCCAGACGGACCGGGUGGGUCACCGCCGGCCGGGUGGGUCACCGCCUCCCCGCGGCGCUGCAGUGUCUGAGCCGGGAGCACAGGAGAAACCCAGGGCCGGGCCUGCUGGCCACAGGGCGGGUUAUUCAGAACAAGCCAAUCUUGCAAAAAGCCGGGAUUGUCCCUUCCGGCCGUGCGGGAACAGGAGGGGCUCAGCCCCUCAAUAAAGUUGUCUUUCUACCUCGA